GCCUGGCCUAUAACCCUGAGGAGAAAGAAACCACCAUUUAUAAGCUCUACUCCUACUAGUAGUAGCAGUGGCAAUAGUUGGCGUUCUCUUGACGAGAAGCGCGGAAGGGACGGCGGUGGCCGCGGCCUAGUUCCCUCCGCGAAGCCGGGGCUUGGCGUAGUCAGGGAUGCCGCCUCAGCCUCCUCCUCCGCCGGCGCCGGCGCCACUCCAGUCCCAGGGCUGCUGCGGGCCUUGGGAGAUGAAGGAGCGCCUCGGGACCGGGGGCUUCGGCAAUGUCAUCCGCUGGCAGCACCGGGAAACCGGGGAGCAGAUUGCUAUCAAACAAUGCCGUCAGGAGCUCAGCCCACGCAACAGAGAAAGAUGGUGUUUGGAAAUACAGAUCAUGAAACGUCUAAAUCAUCCCAACGUAGUGGCUGCCCGGGACGUCCCAGAUGGGAUGCAAAGUCUGGCACAGAAUGACUUGCCCCUGUUGUCCAUGGAAUUUUGCCAGGGAGGAGAUCUCAGAAGACACCUGAAUCAGCUUGAGAACUGUUGUGGCCUGCGCGAAAGAGCCAUCCUCAUCCUGUUGGCAGACAUUGCCUCUGCUCUCCGAUAUCUUCAUGAGAAUAGGAUCAUCCACAGAGACUUGAAACCAGAGAACAUUGUCCUACAACAAGGAGAAGAGCGGCUAAUACACAAGAUCAUUGACUUGGGGUAUGCCAAAGAACUGGACCAAGGCAGCCUUUGUACUUCCUUUGUUGGAACACUGCAAUAUCUGGCCCCAGAGUUGCUGGAGCAACAGAAAUACACUGUGACAGUAGAUUACUGGAGUUUUGGCACAUUGGCGUUUGAAUGUAUCACAGGCUUCCGGCCUUUUCUGCCCAACUGGCAGCCAGUGCAAUGGCAUGCAAAAGUUCGGCAGAAGAGUGAGCUGGAUAUUGUCGUCUAUGAAGACUUGAAUGGAGAGGUGAAAUUUUCUAGCAAAUUGCCACACCCCAAUAAUUUGAACAGUGUUUUGGCUGAUAGGCUGGAGAAAUGGCUACAACUUAUGCUCAAAUGGCAUCCGCGGCAAAGAGGCACUGACCCCAAUUAUGGCGCCAAUGGCUGUUUCAAGGCUUUGGAUGAUAUCUUGAAUUUAAAGCUUGUUCAUAUCCUGAACAUGGUAACAGGCAUUGUGCAUGUGUACCCUCUGGCAGAGGAAGAGACCUUGCAGAGCAUAAAAGCCAAGAUCGAGGCAGAUACUGGCAUCCCAGAGCAGGACCAGGAGCUGCUGCAGGAAGGCGGGUUAGCACUGUUUCCUGAGAAACCAGACAUUCAGUAUCAGGCUGACAUAAAAUUGAACGAUGCCACAGCUGCAGACACAGGCCUCUUUUUCCUAUUUGACAACCGGAAAGUCACCUACGAGUCUCAGAUUUCCCCACGGCCUCAUCCAGAAAGCAUUAACUGCAUCCUUCAGGAUCCCAAAAAAACCCUUGCCUUUUCCCAGCUGCGCAAAGUGUGGGGUCAGGUCUGGCACUCAAUCCGAGCUCUCAAUGAGGACUUUAACCAGCUUCAAAAUGGUCAGCGAGCAGCCAUGAGGAACCUUCUGCGGCAUAACAGCACCCUUUCCAAGAUGAAGAACACCAUGGCCUCCCUGUCCCAGCAGCUGAAGGCAAAGCUGGACUUCUUCAAAGCCAGCAUCCAGAUUGACUUGGAGAAGUACAACGAGCAAAUCGAAAUUGGAAUCACCUCUGAGAAACUCUUGCUUGCCUGGAAGGAAAUGGAGCAGGCUGUAGAACUCCGUGGAAGGGAAGAAGAGGUUGAUCAGCUGGUGAAGAAAACAAUGGCCCUGCAGACAGACAUUGUGGACCUGCAAAGAAUUCCUCAGGGACGGAAACAAGGGAGCUCCUUGGAUGACCUAGAGGAACAAGCAAGGGACUUGUACCGGAAACUGAGGGAAAAACCAAGAGACCAGAGGACUAGUGGAGACUGCCAAGAGGUUGUGCGGCUGCUCCUACAAGCAAUCCAGACCUUUGAAAAGAAAGUCCGCCUCCUUUAUGUCCAGCUCAGCAAUACAGUUGUCUGCAAGCAAAAGGCACUGGAAUUGUUUCCUAAAGUGGAUGAGGUGAUGAGCCUCAUGAAAGAAGAUGAGAAAACGGUUGUUGGGCUUCAGGAGAAACGGCAGAAAGAAUUGUGGAACCUGCUGAAAAUUGCCUGUAGCAAAGUGAGGGGCCCUGUCAGUGGGAGUCCAGACAGCAUAAAUGCUUCCCGCCUCAGUAGCCCUGGUCAGCUUCUAGUGCAGGUCACAGCCCCACAGAAGAAUGUGACGGAUGGUGGGAUUAAAAGUGAGGAGCUGCUGAUGGAGUCUCAAAGUCUCUGCAGUCAGCUGGAGAAUGUGAUGUUGGACACAAUGAAGGAUCAAGAAUACAGUUUUACGGAUCUGGACUGGAGUUGGCUAAAACUUCAUGCAGAAGAAAAAGAGAGCCUAGAACAAACCCAGAUGUGAAAUAGAUUUACAAGUAACUUUUCUCUAUGCUGAUGGAUAGGUGAUUUUCUUGAUGAGAAACAUAAACUUGCUGAUCGCAGAAAACAAUGUUCACUGUAUGUACAUAAACUUUAUUUUUCCCUA